CCCCCAUAACCGAACCACCGCGCAACCCCACCGUCCCCCGAUUCCAAGGGUUUCCCUAAUCGACGACAGCUCCAUGGAACCGUCGCCUUUUCCUCCGGCCGCCCCGCUCGAUGCACCAAUGGAACCCCAUCUCCCGCCGGCGGCGACCGAGCCGUAUCCUUCUUCUCCUUCUGCCGGCGUCUGGGAAUUCACCGAUCUCCUCGACUUCAACAUCGACGAUCACUUCUCUCUCGCCUUCGACGGUUCCGCGGCGUUGGAUGAUAUCCCCGAUGUGGAUCCCGGCCACUUGACGCCCGAUACUCCGCCUCCCGACCGGGUCAGGAAGCGGGACCCGAGGUUGACCUGCUCCAAUUUCUUGGCCGGCAGGGUCCCCUGCGCUUGUCCGGAGCUGGACGCGCAAUUGGAGCUGGAGCGGGAGGAAGGCGUCCCGGGUAAUAAACGUCCGCGUGUUGCCAGAGGAGGAGGGCCCGGGGUGUAUCGGUGCCAGGUUCCCGGGUGUGAGGCGGAUAUCGGCGAGCUGAAAGGUUAUCACCGGCGGCAUAGGGUGUGCUUGCGGUGUGCGAAUGCGACCGCCGUUGAGCUCGAGGGGGAGACAAAGAGAUACUGUCAGCAGUGUGGGAAGUUUCACUUGCUUUCGGAUUUUGAUGAAGGGAAGCGAAGCUGUAGAAGGAAAUUAGAGCGUCACAACAAUAGGAGACGUAGAAAGCCUGGUGCUAAGGUGGGGACUAGUGUGGAUAGUUUGCAAGCUGAAGAUGCUGCUGCUGUUGUUGAUGGUGAAGCUGAAAAAGAGGGUUUAAGCUUGCAGGUUGUGGGGAAGGAAGCUCUGGUUGUGAUAGAAGAUGAACCUGUGUUUCAAUCUGAACCCCAGAAAUUGAACAGCGACAGUGGUGCUGGUUCAGCUGAAACCCAAUUGGAUGCUGGAAAUGCUGAUUCUGGUGGGAAGUAUGACUCCAAGUUGUCAGGCUCUCCUUCUUAUUUCGACAAUAGGACUCCUUACUCAUCGUUGUGUCCAACAGGUCGCAUCUCGUUCAAGCUCUAUGAUUGGAAUCCAGCAGAGUUUCCGAGAAGGCUCCGUCACCAAAUAUUCCAGUGGUUGGCUAGUAUGCCUGUUGAGUUGGAAGGAUAUAUUCGUCCUGGAUGUACAAUAUUGACUGUGUUUGUUGCAAUGCCAAAAUUCAUGUGGGCGAAGGUGCUCGAAGAUCCUCUAUCGUAUGUGCACAAUUUUAUCAUUGUUCCUGGAACAAUGCUGUAUGGAAAAGGCCCUAUGAUCAUUUAUCUGAAUGAUAUGGUGUUCCGAGUAAUGAAAGGUGGAACUUCAGUGAUGCAACUCAGUAUUGGAACACAUACCCCUAGGCUUCACUAUGUUCAUCCAAUGUUCUUUGAGGCUGGGAAGCCAAUGGAGUUUGUUACUUGCGGAAGCAACCUAUUCCAAUCCAAAUUUCGGUUGCUGGUGUCAUUUGAUGGGAAGUAUUUAGCAUAUGAUCACUGUGUUGGACUACCCAGCGGUAGUACAGAUGGAGCAGCGACCAGGGACCACCAGCUGUGCAAGAUUUCUAUUCCUUGUAUUGAUCCUAAUAUCUAUGGUCCCGCCUUUAUCGAGGUCGAGAAUGAAAGCGGUUUAUCGAACUUCAUUCCUGUGCUUGUUGGAGAUCAACAAAUCUGUUCUGAAAUGGAAGUAAUACGGCAGAGAAUGGAAUUAUUUGACGCAUCUCAUCCACCAACAGGUCUACUACAGUGUGAGGUUUCAGAAACCAGGCAAAGAAUACUCUCGGAGUUGAUUGUGGACAUAGCCUGGUUGUUGAAAACACCUUCCCAAGAAGAUAUUAAGCUAAAAAGGGCCUCCUUUCAGAUCCAGAAAUUUAUGACUUUGUUGCAAUUUUUGCUGCAGCAUGAAUCAACCUUCAUUUUGGGGAAAAUCUUACCCAAUCUGAAAAUCCUGAUGGAUGAAAUAUAUGUAGAUAAUGAUGCUGAUGCUAAACUAUUACAAAAAUACGUGGAUGAUGCCCAUAGGUUUCUUCUCCAACAAGCCAACAGAAACAAAGGUUUGGUUUCAGAGUCAGAGUGUACUAUGCAGGAUCAUGGCGAUGUAACUCGAUGUAGCUCUGCGAUUGAGUUUCCAUCUGUUGCUGCAUGUUCCGAUGAGGACAUAGAGAGUAGACCAGAUAACUGGCUGAGGUUAACGAAAGGCUCAAGUCAUGAUGUUACAAGUGACAAGAUUCCGCUCCUAAAUGGAAGAGCCAUCAAGUCGUGCAGUCUCAUUCUGUCCAACCGGGUUUUGAGGUCACGGCCCGGGAUGUUUGUAAUUGCUGCCAUGGCAAUGUGUCUGUUAGUAUGCGCAGUGCUGCUCCAUCCUCACAGUGUUAGCAAAAUCGCUGUCUCGAUCCGGAGCUGCUUGACUGAUAGUAGGUACUAACACCAGCCUAGUAGACUCUUUGUUUGUAAAUUACUCAGCCAGCUGGGGCUAAUCUGAAGCUGACAACCGGCUCGAAACAGCUCGGGAGCUUGAUUGAAAAGCCGCCUCAGUUUGACAGGCCAAAGUGAUUAUGCCAUGGAUAUGAAUGACAAAUUGAAUCAGAGGUCGAAACCUGGCAAGGCAUCCUCGAAUCAGAUGAAGAAGACUGCCUGGUUUUUUUUGCUCCGUGGCUAGGAAACGAAAUUCUUUGUAGGGCUUGUCUAUAUAAUUUUCGCCUACCAUCUUUGUUUGUGCUCUCUUAAUGUAGAUCUUGGCAGCCAUCAGAUGGCUGUCCUGUUAAUGUAUUUCAUGUGUAUUUUCUCGUGCUGUUUCCAUUUCUCUCUUAUGGUUGAAUCCACUGUUGGGUUUCAGCGGAGAAACUUUUGUAGCAGCAUUUGAUUAGCAGUUGCAUGUGGUGUCGAGUUAACCCGAUUCAACGAUAAAAUUUGAUGUUGGGACUAAACUGGUCGACAAUGGCAUGUAGCCAGGAUUCGACUGGGUAGGAUCUACUAAGAAAAUAGAAUGUAUUACAAGGCAGAAGGAAGCACCAUCAAAUUUUAUUAAGAGAGGAUAUCAAAGCCACAAUGUCAAAAGGCAAAGAAGGUAUGCAUUAGAACUAAUUUUUCAAUGAUGUUCUAUCCGCGCAACCUAGAGUUUGCCAGAAUACUUUCUGGUGUUCCAAAAUAAACUUCAGCGGGAGGUUGGUACUUUCCCCAACUGCUUGGUGUGUUCUUUCCUAGUCCGUGCAUUGGUCUUUGUACGUUGUCCCCUGCAAGGCAACAUAUCGACAUGCCUGAUCCCUCUGUAGCAUCCGCUGUCUAUCAGCUUUUGUACAUCGCCACUGACACAUCGUUUCUGGAUCUCCUCCAGUCAAGUACUUGGAGACUUCCUCCUUAAGUGCAUUAAGUUCGACACCGGUCAAGUCCUUGGUAAGCUUGUUCUGGACACUCAAGUCCACCAGAAUCUGAUGAGCCCUGCUGCGGCCAAUUCCAUGGAUGUACUGAAGAGAAAUCUGCAGCCUCUUGUGGUUUGGAAUCUCCGCAUUCCCAACACGGAGGCAUUGCACUUGUUGACAUCGUAACUGAAUCAAUUGGUUAACAGGGGAAGUUCAUAACACGGAAAUCACAAAGCCGAACCCUCUACAUGUAAGAGCAGCCUAUUUCAGGAAAACACCGCUAGGGCAAAGCAAAGAACCCAAAAUGAACUAAACCAAAGAGCUGUCCCAAGUUUACUGUAUAUUGGUCCAAUCUUAUCUAAUCCACGCCCGAAGAACCAACAAUCCCCUCGAGUCCACAUUCGGGAAAAAGGCUUCAACUUUCUCCAAGCAACAAGCAUAGAAAUCCAAGAAAUGUGUGAAAAUUGAUAGUAAGUGAACAAGAGGCACGAUCGGGGAAACCCCUAGACCCUUAAGCUCAAACCCUAACCCCUGACCUGCAUAGAUAAAUUGUUCAGAAAUAAAUACUCACCGCUAGGUUGCGAAGGAGGCGCUGACUGACAUCGGAAAGCGAUCUGCCAACCCCAAGCAUUGAAUUGGUGGAACCAGGAAAACAGACAGCGGAGAAGGAAAACAGGUAGCUCACUGGACGUCUGAGUUCGGUGCAGCAGAUAAAGGUGACACCAUUUUAUCAAAUCGGAAAUCAUAGAUGAUUAACUAUGUACAAGGAAAGCAAAAGCUUUCACGUAGCCCACAAUGCCAAGCAACCCAAUUUGCAUCGACAUGGAAGGAAAAUUGGCAGAUUAAAUUCCAAACAAUGGACAGCAGCAGAUGGCAGGGUUUCAGUUACUAGUACUAGAACCUAUUCAUCACAAAUAGGUUCUCUGCUGCUACUACAUACUAAUACAGUUAAUAGUACUAGAAUCUAUUCAUACAAGAAUCAUUCUCAUGAAUCUAUACUUGUCGCCCCAUCUCUGUCUCACAUCAUUCAUGAAAGAGCAGCUGAAACCAACAACAACAAAAAAUCUGAAAUCAGGGGCUCCUACCAAAUUGAGGAGGCGGCGGCCACAGCUUGCAAUGGAGGCUAUGAAUGCGACGACAGGAUGUGGAUGAGGCGACGGCGGGGAUUGCGGUAACGGUAGAAGGAGAAGGAGCCAACGGCGGCGAUGACUCAAGGAUGAGAUGAAGUGCGAUGGUUAAUCGCGGAGUCGACUGCGGGCCGGCUUGUAAAAGGAUUGGACGAAGA